AUCGACCGCAAAUGCUACUAGCGCUGGGUUUGAAUGGCUUCCAAUUUUCAUGAUAUGUCUGACAUACAAUGUGUUGAUCAGAAAAGCAGGUUAGUAUUUAUUCCGCAUUCAAAGAGUUAUAAAAUCUAGUGGCAGCGAUAGUAGCAGUACAGGGGAAGAAGAAAGACUGAGACAAUUGUUUCUAAGCUGUGAUUCAAAUAAUGAUGGGUGCUUAGAUUGUGAAGACUUAUACAAUAUGUGUAAGAAACUAAACAUGGCAGAAUGUGCCGAGGAAAUUAUAAACACACUUGGCGCUAACACUAAAGGGUGCAUUACAUUUGAUGAGUUCCUUAGCUGUCGAGAAAAAGUUUUUCAGAUGCAAACUGAAGCGGAUAAUAUAUAUUUCUCAAGAUCUGGUUUACCACAUCAUCUAAAUUAUAAGCAACCUGGAUUUAGUUGGCCUGUUUACACAACUGGUAAAUUGCAUACAGAGGUUAAAAAUAAUGGACAAGAAGUGAAUGAAAACUCUGUUCGCAAAAUGAACGAAAAUGUCAAUCUUGAGAGUUCUGCCAGCGAAACCAGCCUUGUUAACUCAGGCGCAGAAUAUGAUUCUGGAGCUCAAGAUCUUUGUGGUGAACCGCAAAGUUUACACUUGUUAAUGCAACGUGAUUUCCCUGAUUUAUAUAAAAUUAUAUUUCCAUUACCUUUGAAUUCAAUAAGAAAUAAUUUUGAAAAUGAUACAAUGACAAAUGAAUUCAAUUUAUUAUCUGUCACUAAUAUGGAUAAUUCUACAAAAGACUUACAGAAUCAAAAACGGACUAAUGCAAUAAAUAUUCAGUCUGUAGAUAAAUUAAGUAAUUUGCCAAGGCACAUAGAAGCAGAAUCAUUUGGUAUAAAAUCAAAAGAAGUUGAGUCAAAUCACUUUCUAGAUAAUGUUCGACAUUUAUUUGAAUGUGCGAAUACUCUACAUGUACAACGGACGGCUCAAUUACGUUCCGAAAUCCGUGAUCUGUCUCACAGACUACAAGGGUUACAGACAAGUCGAGAUAUGAAUUAUCGUGAAGUACAACGUUUACAACGUGAAAAAGAACAAUUACGCAAUGAAUUAACUAAUCAAGUAUCACGUUAUGAAGAUCGUUUAACUGAAUUACAUAGUGUUAUUGCAGAAUUACGACGUCGUUUAGAACAUUCAGAAUCAAAUAUUAUACAUGAAGUAGAAGAGUUUGAAGAAAACGAUGGCGAUGAUAAUGAUAAUGAUAAUGAUGAAGUAAAUGAUAAUAAUGUAUUGAUUAAUUAUAAAUCAGAUAGAAAAUCAAGAAACUCAAAAUUAUCAUUAUUAAAUACAUUCAAUACUAAUAAUAUCAAUGAUUAUUCAACGAAUCAAUAUGAAUUGGAUAAAGAGAUUAGUGGAAAUAGUGAUACAUCAGUUGAUGUUAUAAUGGAUGGUGAUGAUGAUGAUAAUGUUGAAGAUGUUGUUAGUCCAUCAAAUGAUACUACCAAUGAUAGAUUAAAUAAAUCUAUUGGAAUUGUAAGACAUUAUCAACAGUCACAAUCAAAUUCGCAUAAAUUUUUUAUGCAAACAGCAAAUCUUACCUAUGAUCGAUUGGAUCAGAAUCAUGAACUAGCUUGUCUAGUUAGUAACAAUAAUAAUAAUAAUGUGAAUACGGAGGGAGUAUCUAAAAAUUAUAACCAUGAUCUUUGUAUAAAAUAUGAAACAAUUUUAUCAAAUAUGCAAGCUCAAUUAACAUGUGUCAUUGAAGAACGAGAUAUGUUAGCUAAUCAAUUAAAUGAGUUGACUGAAACUAAUAAAUCAUUACUUCCUAAUUCCACAAUACAAACAUCGACAAUAGUCACUGAAAGUGUUUCAUCAUCUUUACCAGUAUCGACACCAACAGUAUCAACAAUAUCAGAAAUAGUAGGAUUAAAAUCAUGUUCUAUAUCACAUCCAAUUAUGGGUUUAAAUCGAUCUGUUCAAAUGAAAUCCAAUAAUAAUAAUAAUAAUAAUAAUAAUAAUAAUAAUAAUAAUAAUAAUAAUAAUAAUAAUAAUAAUAGUAAUUUAUCAUAUCCUCCAACAUCCUCUCUUCCGACUCCUUCUUCAACAACAGGAUUUUCAGUAUCUAAACAACAAACAAAUGUAGAUAACAAUAUUAUUAACCAAUUACAUAAGACUAUUUCAUCUGAACAUUUAAAUUAUAACCAAGUAACUAGUACAACAACAACAACAACAACAACAACAAAAUCAUCAAUAGCAACAUUCACAACAAAUACAACAAUGACAACACAAAUAAAUUCGAAUGUUUAUGAUUUACCUGAACCAGAAUGGAUUACAAAACUAUUGAAACAAUAUUAUGAAUAUAAUAUAACUCAUAAUAAACAAAAUAUUCCAUGUAGUUUAUUUGGUAAUGAGUUAUAUUCACCUACAACAACUACAACAACAACAACAACAAAUGGUACUAAUGAUGGUGUUGGCGGUACUGGUACCGGUACCGGUACCAGUACCAAUCAUGGUGCCAAUAAUCUUAACUAUUGUACUAAUAUAACAGGAAUAUUACCAUUUGAUUUUGAACAAUUUUUAUUUGAUCAAUUCGAUUAUGAAGAAUUAUGUACAGAUUCAAUGAAUUUACCUAUUCAAUUUACACCAAAUACAUUAAUGUUAUUUUUAAUUAGUUUAGCUAAUUUCACUCCAUAUACACGUUUAUCGGAUAUAGCUAAAUGUGCUCAAUUAACAUUAUAUCGUUUAUUAACUAGAUUAGUACGUUAUCAAACUGAUUGUUUAGUAUUACAAGCUAAUUUAACUGAAAUUAAAUUAAAUGCUGAUCAAAUGCAAUGUCAAUUAAAUCAAAUUGAAUCAAAUUAUUCAAUUAUGAAACGAGCUAUACAAAUAUCUGAAUCUGCAUUAGAAAUUAGUGAUUGUUUAAAUCAGUUAUAUUCCACGGAAUUAGCUGUCACUAUAUUCCGUCAAUCACAAAAUAAUCAAAUGUUAAAGCAUCCAUUCUCAACAAUAUCAUCGUCUACAUCAUCUUCAUCAUUUCAUGGUCAUAGUAAAUCAUCUCAAUUACAUCAAUCACAACAUCAUCAACAAUUGAAAAGAUAUAAUAAUUCACAACAGAUUUCUGUUACCACAUCACCAUAUCAAUUGUAUUCUUCAAUUGGUUCUUCGGAAGAACAUGAUUUAUUAAAUAAUGCAACCAAUACUACCAAUAAUACAACUGCUGGAGUUGGACAACAACAACAACAACAGAUCUUUUCAAUGAAUCAUUUCAAUUUGCAUAAUUUGAAAUCAUUGAGACAACAAGUUGAAUUUCUAGCUUAUACCAUAUUAGAUAAAUAUGAAACAUCAGAUGGUGGUUAUGAAAAAAUUCUCCCAACAUCUUUAUCUAAUUUAACAAAUAUCAAUAUGACAACAACUUCAGUUAAUGGUAAUGUAUCUACUGUAAAUAGUACUAAUUUAUCUCAAUUACAUUGUUAUCAACAUGUUCAACAUUCUUCUCAAUCACCUAUAAGUCCUGGUCUUUGUUCUAUGCAAUCUGUGAUUACAUCAUCUAAUAGUUUAUUAGAUAAUAGUAAUACUACUAAUAACAAUAAUAAUAGUAAUAGUGUUUAUGCCAAUUCAUGGUAUGUUAGUUUAAAUCGAAACAAAUUAAAUACGAUACAAUGUUUACCAAAUGAAAUGAAUGAACAUUUACAUGGACAACAAUCAUUAAUGAAUCCUAAUCAAUUACCUUCUAUAUCAUUGAAUUCAACAAUUGGUUCCAAUCCAUCAAUAACUUAUCAUCAACGACAAUAUAAUCAUGUACGUUUAAAUAAUAAUUUACAAUUAAUGAAUCCUCAAUUACGUUCAUUUGUGAAAUCAAAUUGUCAAGGUAAUACAAAUCAAAAUAUAAAUGAAAAUGGUUUAAAUGGAAGUGGUGAUGGUUUUGGUUGGGAAACUCCAGAUUCCGGUGCUGGAAGUAGUAGUAUCAAUGAAAUAUCAUCACAACAUCAUCCUCAACAACACCAACGACAACAAUCUGGUUAUUUAUUGAAUCCAUCAUCAUUAUUCUUAUCUUCUUCAACAUCAUCUUUAUUAUUUGGACAUUAUUAUCAAACUUAUGGUGAAAUCAUUCAAAACAAUACUACUAAUAAAGUAAAUAAUCAAUCAGAUUUAUUCAUAUUCAAUACAUUAUUAGAUAAUCUUCCACCAUUAUGGACAUUAUUUACAAAAACAUCAACAUCUUUUUAUGAAUCCGAUUUAGAUUCAUCAGAUUCAUCUGAUAUACCAGGAAAUAUUAUUAAAACUACUGAUUUAUCAAAACAUAGUACCCAUCCUCCUCCUCCUCCUCCUCCUCUUCCUCCACAUCAUCAUCAACAACAACAACAUCAUAGUAGUAUGAAUGGUCAGUUAAUAUCUCAACUACCUCCUAUUUCAUCAUCACAACAAUUAUCUAAUUGGUCUAGAUUAGAAGAACGUAAACUACGUACAAUUUAUUAUCAAUUAAUUCAUACAUAUAAACGUUUACAAUCCAUGUUAAUUGAUAUGCCUAAUACAUAUCAAUUGGUUAUACCAAAUGAUAGAAAUGAAAUUGGAGAGAAGACAAAAACUACAAAUGAUGUCAUUGAUCAUGAUCAAAAUAUAUCAACAACAAGAUUUGUAUCAGUUGGUUCAACACAGCAACAGAUGAAUUUAGAUCAACAAAAUUCGAUUACAAUGAAUUCAUUACGUAAAUUACCAUUGGCUGUAUUUUUGGAAAAUUCAGUUCUAUUACAAGAAUUAUGUUGUAUUAAAGAAGAAUGUGCUGAUCUUAAAAUUCGUGAUAUUUACUUGAAAAGAAUUACAUGCUAAUCGUUUAACAUUAGAUAGUCGUAUGUUGCUGAACGUGCAUUACGUGCUCAUCUUGAUG